GUCCCGGAACUACGUUCUAGCAUUUUACAGACAGCAGUUGCGCUCCUUAUGAAAGACUGGCGUUAGCAGCGUAUGACUAGUAGUUUUUUUUUUAAACCUAUAUGGACUGGGUCAUAUACUUACGUUAGCUAACAUUCGCGUCUUCAAACAAAUGAGAAACAUGAGUGCUUGUGUGAACAUAGCCUAACGUUAGCUUAGCUAGUGUUAGCUGUCACAGCUUUGUGUCUGACACGCCAUCAUCAUCAUCAUCAUCCUAAUCACCACCAGGGACAUCCUGCUGCGGACAGGUUGGUUUGAGCUUUGCUGGUCACUACUCAGAGUACAAAGUUAAGGGCAGAAUGGUAACAUGUCUUGGGGACUUUUGGGAUCACUGAACAUUGAAGUGUAUACGUAAAAGAACUUGAUAGGUCUUGCAUGAGGUUGCUGAUUGAUCACUGAAGCAAUGGCUAGUCCUAAUGAUCUACAAUUCCAAGAGUUUGAGGAAGCGGCAGAGCUGUUGUCUGCAGACCCCGGGGCCUCCACGCUCAGCAUGUCUGCCUCAAACACCAGCACUCCAGCAGCAGCAACAGUAGGAGGGGAGGAUGUGAAACUAGACCUCUCAGAGGAUGAGGAGGGCCGGGAGGAGAGUUCAGAGCUAUUAGGAGGACAGAAACCAAGUGGUGGCUUCUGGACCUUUGAGUACUAUCAGUCCUUCUUCAACGUGGACACAGUGCAGGUUCUGGACAGAGUUAAGGGCUCAGUGAUGCCGUUACCUGGAAGAAACUUUGUCAAACACCACCUUAGGAGUAACCCAGAUCUGUACGGUCCAUUCUGGAUCUGUGUGACUCUGGUGUUCUCGGUAGCGAUCAGCGGGAACUUGUCCACCUUCCUCAGCGAGCUGGGAAACCCCUCGUACCACUACAGACCACAGUUCCACAGAGUGACCAUAGCUGCAGUAGUGAUCUUCUUGUACGCCUGGCUGGUGCCGAUUGGCGUCUGGGGUUUCCUCACCUGGCGGCAAGGGGCUGAGAGGCAGAUCGGAGGCUAUUCCUUCCUGGAGACGGUGUGUGUCUACGGCUACUCCCUCUCCAUCUAUAUCCCCACCUCGGUUCUAUGGAUCAUUCCAUUUGAGUGGUUGCGCUGGACACUGAUCGUGGUUGCCAUGGUGAUCUCCGGCUCCGUCCUGGUCCUCACCUUCUGGCCUGUUGUCCGUGAGGACACCAAGGUGAUGGCGGUGGCGACAGUUGUGACCAUCGUGGUUUUGCACACGCUGCUGGCUGUCGGCUGCAAGAUGUACUUCUUCCAGACAGCGGUCCACGUACCGGCAACGGCCCCUACAACCCACCCAGUUCCCAUAGCAACGGCCACCAAAGCCCACUGACCAAUAGGAAGGAGGAGAGAGGAAAUGAAGGAUGUCUCUGUUGUGUUAGGAAUCACAUGCAGAUAUUAAACCAUGUAUAGACAGGCGGGCAGGUUUAGGCAAUGUUGAUUAUUGUGUCAUCUGUUCAAUGCUGUGUGUGUGUGUGUGUGUGUGUGUGUGUGUGUGUGU